GGUGGAUGAACGCGGCCCUCUGUAAUGGCGGAGCGUGGCGGGGACGGGGGGGACGGUGAGCGAUUCAACCCGGGGGAGCUCAGGAUGGCUCAACAGCAAGCCUUGAGGUUCCGAGGCCCAGCUCCCCCACCAAAUGCAGUGAUGCGAGGCCCACCACCUCUCAUGCGACCUCCUCCACCUUUUGGUAUGAUGCGAGGCCCUCCUCCACCACCUCGGCCCCCAUUUGGACGUCCUCCUUUUGAUCCUAAUAUGCCACCAAUGCCUCCUCCAGGAGGGAUUCCUCCACCUAUGGGCCCUCCACAUCUCCAGAGACCACCUUUCAUGCCUCCACCCAUGGGAACCAUGCCUCCUCCUCCCGGUAUGAUGUUUCCACCAGGAAUGCCUCCUGUGACUGCUCCUGGUACUCCAGCACUGCCUCCUACUGAGGAGAUAUGGGUUGAAAAUAAAACUCCAGAUGGCAAGGUUUAUUAUUAUAAUGCUCGGACACGUGAAUCUGCAUGGACCAAGCCAGAUGGAGUUAAGGUUAUCCAGCAGUCAGAACUGACACCUAUGCUUGCAGCCCAGGCGCAGGUUCAGGCCCAAGCCCAGGCUCAGGCCCAGGCGCAGGCCCAGGCACAAGCACAAGCUCAAGCGCAGGCCCAGGCACAAGCACAGGCGCAGGCCCAGGCCCAAGCUCAGGCCCAGGCCCAGGUGCAGGCACAAGUGCAAGUGCAAGUGCAAGCACAAGCAGUAGGAGCUUCCACCCCUACGACCAGUAGCCCAGCACCUGCAGUAUCCACUUCAGCAUCAUCAUCAACCCCAUCCUCUACCACUUCUACCACAACAACUGCCUCUUCAGUUUCACAGACAGUAUCAAAGUUUCCAGUUUUUCUAAUUGAGGAGGCAAGAAUAAUGCAUGUGAAACAAUUAGAGAAUAGCGUGCAGAGUUAUGCAGCGAAAAUAGAAGAUAUGAGAAUUCAAGAAAACGGAGAGACAACACCCACAACCCAAGAUCAGACCCCAAGUUCUGCUGUUUCAGUUGCCACGCCUACAGUUAGUGUUUCAGCUCCUGCUCCUACAGCCACACCUGUGCAAAACGUUCCUCAGCCGCACCCCCAGACGUUACCUCCUGCUGUUCCUCAUUCAGUACCUCAGCCAGCAGCAGCAAUACCUGCUUUUCCACCAGUAAUGGUACCUCCAUUUCGUGUUCCCCUUCCUGGCAUGCCAAUUCCACUUCCAGGUGUAGCAAUGAUGCAAAUAGUCAGCUGCCCGUAUGUAAAGACAGUCGCUACCACCAAGACCGGUGUAUUGCCAGGAAUGGCCCCUCCUAUCGUACCCAUGAUACAUCCCCAGGUUGCUAUUGCAGCUUCACCUGCUACCCUAGCUGGAGCAACAGCAGUUUCUGAGUGGACUGAAUAUAAAACAGCAGAUGGGAAGACAUAUUAUUAUAACAAUAGAACAUUAGAAUCAACCUGGGAAAAACCCCAAGAGCUAAAAGAAAAAGAAAAAUUAGAGGAGAAGAUUAAAGAGCCAAUUAAAGAACCUUCUGAAGAACCUCUGCCAAUGGAGACAGAGGAGGAGGAUCCUAAAGAAGAGCCAAUAAAGGAGAUAAAGGAGGAGCCCAAAGAAGAGGAGAUGACUGAAGAAGAAAAGGCUGCCCAGAAGGCAAAGCCAGUGGCUACUACUCCUAUUCCUGGUACUCCAUGGUGUGUUGUUUGGACUGGUGAUGAGAGGGUCUUCUUUUAUAAUCCUACCACCCGUCUUUCUAUGUGGGACCGACCUGAUGAUCUGAUUGGAAGGGCGGAUGUUGACAAAAUUAUUCAGGAGCCCCCUCAUAAAAAAGGAAUGGAAGAAGUGAAGAAACUAAGGCACCCAGCACCAACAAUGCUGUCCAUCCAAAAGUGGCAGUUCUCUAUGAGUGCAAUUAAAGAAGAACAAGAACUAAUGGAAGAAAUGAAUGAAGAUGAACCUGUUAAAGCCAAAAAACGGAAGAGAAUGUCAAAGAAGUCCUUUAUGUGGAUUGCCCGAGCUUCUCUAUUUAGGAGAGACGAUAAUAAAGACAUUGAUUCAGAGAAAGAAGCUGCCAUGGAAGCUGAAAUUAAAGCUGCCCGAGAAAGGGCCAUUGUCCCUCUGGAGGCCCGAAUGAAGCAGUUCAAGGACAUGCUGCUAGAGAGAGGGGUGUCUGCUUUUUCAACUUGGGAGAAGGAGUUGCACAAGAUAGUUUUUGAUCCCCGGUACUUAUUGCUCAAUCCAAAAGAGAGAAAACAGGUAUUUGAUCAGUAUGUAAAGACCAGGGCAGAGGAAGAACGCAGGGAAAAGAAAAACAAAAUAAUGCAAGCCAAGGAAGAUUUCAAAAAAAUGAUGGAAGAAGCAAAAUUUAAUCCAAGAGCUACCUUUAGUGAAUUUGCAGCCAAGCAUGCUAAAGAUUCAAGAUUCAAAGCAAUUGAAAAAAUGAAAGAUCGAGAAGCCUUGUUUAAUGAAUUUGUGGCAGCUGCAAGGAAGAAAGAGAAAGAAGAUUCGAAGACCAGAGGUGAGAAGAUUAAAUCGGAUUUCUUUGAACUAUUAUCUAAUCAUCACUUGGACAGUCAGUCUCGAUGGAGCAAAGUAAAAGACAAAGUAGAAAGUGAUCCACGUUACAAAGCAGUGGAUAGUUCAUCAAUGAGAGAAGACCUUUUCAAACAGUACAUUGAAAAAAUAGCCAAGAAUUUAGACUCAGAAAAAGAAAAGGAGCUUGAAAGGCAAGCCCGCAUUGAGGCAAGCCUUCGAGAACGAGAAAGAGAGGUUCAGAAGGCUCGUUCAGAACAAACAAAAGAAAUAGAUCGAGAGAGAGAACAGCACAAACGAGAAGAAGCUAUCCAGAAUUUCAAGGCUCUUCUGUCUGAUAUGGUACGUUCUUCAGAUGUGUCCUGGUCUGAUACUCGGAGGACUCUUCGGAAAGAUCACCGCUGGGAAUCUGGAUCCUUGUUGGAAAGAGAGGAGAAAGAGAAGCUUUUUAAUGAACACAUUGAAGCACUUACCAAAAAGAAAAGGGAGCACUUUAGGCAACUUUUGGAUGAAACUUCUGCUAUUACCUUAACAUCCACGUGGAAAGAAGUAAAAAAAAUCAUUAAGGAAGAUCCUCGGUGCAUUAAGUUCUCCUCCAGUGACAGGAAAAAACAAAGAGAGUUCGAAGAAUACAUCAGAGACAAAUACAUCACAGCCAAAGCUGACUUCAGGACACUUUUGAAAGAGACCAAAUUUAUAACAUAUAGAUCCAAAAAGCUAAUCCAAGAAUCUGAUCAGCACCUGAAAGAUGUAGAAAAAAUUCUGCAGAACGACAAGCGGUACCUAGUACUAGACUGUGUGCCAGAGGAGAGGCGCAAACUCAUUGUGGCCUAUGUGGAUGACCUGGAUCGCCGGGGCCCACCCCCGCCUCCCACGGCAUCAGAGCCCACCAGACGGUCAACAAAAUAACCGAGUACUCUCCCAUAGGGGUGUCUCUUAAUUCAAAACGCUUGCAUGAGCCAACUUUCAGGUUUUUACAUGUAUGUGCAUUAAUCAAACUAUUGCAAAACCAUCUGAUGAACAGAAGGAGAAGCAUCCGUGAACAGUUUCUGAACAGAGAACACUUUGGAAAUAUUUAUGCUUUUCUUUGUGUGGCAUGACUGACUUACAUACUCAAAUAUAGGCUGUCUCUAGUAAAUCUAAAAUCUUGAAGCUAAAAAAUCAUCCUUUUAUGAGGUGUGGAAGUCAGUGACUUUUGGUGAUGUUCUUUCUAGCAGUGUUAUAAUACAUGCAAGACGUAAGAGCAUUUGUGGUUUGACCUUGCAAGAUGCAAAUACCACAGACUCCAAAAAAACCUAAGUUGGGGUUUGUUUUGUUUUGAUUUUGUUUUUUAAAGCGGGUAAAAGAAAAAACACUGAAAAUUGAAUUCUUAUCUUCCAGAGGCUCAGAUUAUUAUAAUGGACAUACUUUUACCUUUGUCUCUAAAGAACACUUUAGUUUUAUUUGUUCACUUAUGUGCUUUGAUUAUCCCCUUUGAAUUAUAGUCCAGGUCUUGUUUAGCCUAAGAGAAGAUUUAUUUAGUAAUUUCUUCUCAGGUAUGGAACCACGGUCAUAACUAACAUGUUGGCCAGAAUAGGACUGCUGGUUAAACACAUGUUAUCUACCAUUAAGUGAUCUUUAUCAAUAUUCUGGAUUAGACAACAAAUUACCUUUCUUGGGUGUUUCCUGUAAACUAUACUCCUGUUUGAAUGUUAAAUUUUUGUUUCUAAAGUUUAAUUUUAAGAUGUUUGAAUGUUCAGUUUAUGUAUUUGAACUACAAUAAACCAACCCUUUUAUAUAU